GGGGAGGGGGCAGUCGCCCCCCUUUCCCCCACCCUUCCCUUCUAGCUGGGCUGGGGUGGGGGGAGGGGCCGGGCUGAGGCGGUGGCGGCUCGCUCCGGUAGGGCAGGGCCGGCAAGGGCGGGACUGGCCUGCUGCGGGCGGACGAGGGAGACGCGGAGCUAACGGGUCCGGACGUCGGCGGCAGCGGCGGCGGCUGCGGCGGCUUUCUGCACGGGCGGAGGCGGCGGCAGGAUCGGCGAGCAUGGCCCGCGCGGCGCCCAGGGCUGACUGAGGUGUUUAAAAAAACUAUCAGAUUGGAUAAAAAGCAAGAAAUGGUCUGGAGCCUGGAGAGACCUGGUCAGCAGGACGUGGGGACUUAACAGGAAUCGCCCUGGCCUUCAUCACAGCACUUUGUAAUCACCUGUGCCUUUGUAUUUGCCACAAAACUGGAAGCUCCAUGAACACAGGACAGACCAGUCAAAUGCCACGCCUGGAGUCUGGCCUGCCAGAUAGCCAUAGAGAGUUGGAAGGAGCACACUGGAGCCAGGGCUGCUGGGGCCCCUGUGGAUGAGAGCCAGGAGUGCUGCGUGAGGCGUGGUCAUGCUACAGCAGCCCCGCACCUGAGAAGUGAGGGGGAAACUGAGGGGGGCUUGCUGCUAGCAGGAGCUAACAGCAAGACAGCAGGACAGCUGGAUGGCUUGGCGUCAGGGGAGCAGGGAUGGGAAAAGCAGCCUCUGAGCUCGGGCCGGCAAUACCAGGAAAGAGGCCUGGGCCCUGGCAGGGAGAUCGACACACGCUCGGCUGACCCAGACUGCAUUCGAAGCAGCACCCCGCAGAACAGCAGCUGCGCCCAGGCCCCAGAGGACCCCAUUGCUGGAGCAGGAGGUCUGUAACCCCUUACACAACUGCAGUUGGGGCUGUGACCAUUAGGAGAAAGGACCUACACCUCGUACAGGAAGUGGAAGGGCAGAACCUAACACAAGGAGGAGCUUGGUCUCUGCAGCAGAGUUUUCUGACACCCACAGAGCUUCCUGGGUUUCUUCUCUCAGGGUUGGGGCCUGGUUCCCCUCCCUUGGUGGAAGGGUGGACACCUCUUGCAUGGAAUCAAGGCUGCUUGAAGCCCACAUUUUCUCUGUUGUGAUUGAGGUUCAAGGGCUUCCCCGCUGCAGGGGACGGGGGGCUGCCUCGGCAUCUGCUCAUGAGCCACAAGGACCCCGAAUGCUCCAGACUGGACUGUUUCAAGCCGCCAAAAAGGGGCGCCCCCAGAGUUGGCAGCCAGCAACCCCAAGGGACUAGAAGGCUGGAAUGGACUGACCUUCCCCUCCUCAGGGCGGUGGGAGAGGCAGAGCAUCUGUGGCCCAGCUAGUGACGGAGAGACCCAAUGAAGCCAUAAGCAGGAGCCCAAGUGUCUCAGGGAGAGGGGAGCCACGCUUGCCUUGCGCUUUCUCCUCACACUGGAAGAGGGUGUGGCCUGGGACUCCUGCGGCUAGCUCCUCUUUGGCACACGCCCUUAUGCCCUUUGUACCCCGUGCUAGAACAAGCAGGCUACGCUGUGGCUGGCCCACUGGUGGACUGGGAAAGGAGUGGCCUCAGUGACACCCGGCCGCCCACCGGGCUGGUGGUCUGGACCUCUUGGCGCUUCACACCAUGAAGUGCUCCCUGCGGGUGUGGUUCCUCUCUGUGGCCUUCUUGCUGGUGUUCAUCAUGUCACUGCUCGUCACCUACUCCCAUCACAGCAUGGCCACCCUGCCCUACCUGGACUUGGGGGUCCUGGGGGGGACCCACCGGGUGAAGCUUCUGCCCGGCUACGCUGGCCUGCAGCGCCUCAGCAAGGAAGGGCUUGCCGGCAAGAGCUGUGCCUGCCGCCAUUGCAUGGGUGAUGCCGGCGCCUCCGACUGGUUUGACAGCCACUUUGACAGCAACAUUUCCCCUGUCUGGACCCGCGAGAACAUGGAUCUGCCCCCGGAUGUCCAGAGGUGGUGGAUGAUGUUACAGCCCCAGUUCAAGUCACACAACACCAAUGAGGUGCUGGAGAAGCUGUUCCAGAUUGUACCUGGCGAGAACCCUUACCGUUUCCGGGAUCCCCAGCAGUGCCGGCGCUGUGCUGUGGUUGGGAACUCUGGCAACUUGCGAGGCUCUGGCUAUGGGCCAGAUGUGGACGGGCACAACUUUAUCAUGAGGAUGAAUCAAGCGCCAACUGUGGGCUUUGAGCAGGACGUUGGCAGCCGAACCACCCACCAUUUCAUGUACCCAGAGAGUGCCAAGAACCUGCCCGCCAAUGUCAGCUUUGUGUUGGUGCCUUUCAAGGCUCUGGACCUGCUGUGGAUCGCCAGCGCCCUGUCCACAGGGCAGAUCCGAUUCACCUAUGCCCCAGUGAAGUCCUUUCUUCGAGUGGACAAAGAAAAGGUCCAGAUCUAUAACCCAGCCUUCUUCAAGUACAUCCAUGACAGAUGGACAGAGCAUCACGGGCGGUACCCUUCCACAGGGAUGCUGGUGCUCUUCUUUGCCCUGCAUGUGUGUGAUGAGGUGAACGUGUACGGGUUUGGGGCCGACAGCCGGGGCAACUGGCACCACUACUGGGAGAAUAACCGGUACGCGGGCGAGUUCCGGAAGACCGGCGUGCACGACGCCGACUUCGAGGCCCACAUCAUCGACAUGCUGGCCAAGGCCAGCAAGAUCGAGGUCUAUCGAGGCAACUGAGGCAGGUCUGGCGAAGACUCUUCCGCCUCGCCGCAGGCGCCAGCGCAAGAUCCCGGCGGGGACUCGAGGCCAGCCCCAGCGCGGUGACCUAGGCGUGGGCGCGGUGCCAGGAAUGGGGCGUCUCCACGCAAUUCCGAGCGACGCCGGGCGGUGGACUGGACCAAUCAUGCUGCAGCCAAGCGAGCGCCGGCUCCUCCCUGCCAAUCACAAGAUUCUGGGGGCCUGGCACCAAUCAACGCUGCAGUCGGGCGGAGCCUCUUUUUAUCAACCAAUUAUGCGACUCAGCUCCUGAGUCAACGUCUGGCGCUGGGCCCCGUCUCCUCCAAUCAAUGGCCUUCAGAGGCGGGCCAGCGGUUGCUCAAUCCCCUCACCCCUAUGCUUUUGGGUAGGAUUUUAUUUCAUGCUUUUUAAGUAGAGGUUGCUUCUGUCCUGAAAGAAGUGCUUUCCUCAGGCUCGGUCGGAGCUGUUGCAGUCGCUUGCGGACCUGACUCCGCCGGGGGCGCCGAAAAGUAGGGGAGGGCCGGGGCAGCGGCAGUUUGGCUUCCCUUCCCCGGGGUUCCGUCGUGACCUCCGAGUGGUCGAGGGACGGUCCAGGUGGUUUCCAGGGAUCGCGCUUUCAACCUGUAGGAAAGGCCAGAGCCCUCCCAAACCGCUCCAUGCCUCCGAGAGAAUUCUAGACCCCACAUUUCCUUUAUCAGUCAGGCCCAGAUGGGUGUCAGCCCACCAAAGAAAUGCAGUGAGAAUCCAGAGGGCGCGUGGGUCCCUUCCUCCUCCUACCCGCUUUUGGCCACCCUAUGGAAUGGCCUUUCUGACCAGGGCAUUUAGUGUCUCACCAGAAAACGAAUUAUGUUACCCCUUGCUUGGGGGUGAAAUUCGCCUAGGGCCUAAUUCUGGAACAUAGACAGGUGUAAGGAAUGGGGCAAGGGACAAGGAAGCCCCGUCACAUCAAAUGUAAGGUGCUUUUCGCUCACGUGUUCACUUGGCCCCUACUGUUCGCCACACCUGUUUCAGUCUGUCCUUAGGCCCUGGGCCUCCUCACCAGCGUACUUGUUGCUCUGGAAAAAAAUCAAAACUUGCCCUGGGAUUGAUUGGGGCAGUGCUGCUUUCUCUCUCUCUCUCUCUCUGUCUCUCUGUCUCUCUCUUUCACACACACACAGACACACACACACACACACACACACACACACACACACACGACUGGCUGGCUGGCUCUAGGGAGAGGGAGCAACACAUGGGAAGGAAGGCUGGAGAUGGGAAGUCCAGCUGUCUGGUGUGUGCAUCUUUCUCCUUCACCCAUCACCCCAAGGAGGAGUCGGAAACCUCUUGCUUGGGGCUAGAAUUUGCUUUGGGCUCAUAAUUUAGUUAACCUGACGUUACCAGGUUUGGCUAACCAACAAAGAUUCUUUUAAAAUUCUAAGCUGGCCAUGGAAAUAGCGGCGAACCUGGCUAGGGAGGAGUAGACUUGCCCCCUGCAUGCCUCCUCCGCUGCCCCAUGCUCACCUCCCUCCUCGCUCUAACUCACUUUCUAUUCCCUGCUCUGGAAAGGGCUGGGAAGCUAACAACCAGAGGUUACAGCUGGAAGCUACUUGCAUGACUGAACCCAGCUUACGUCCCUAGCGGAAGCUGCUGAUGGUAUUCUCACCCUUCAAGGUUAGGGAAGUUUAGGAGGGGGAGAAAGGGCUUCUGUGAAGCUUCCAAACCACUAAAAAGACCCCCCUACCCAACAGUGACGAAUACAAAUACCACCUUUUUUCUUAGUGAGUUGAUGCCACCAAGCAGCCUCCCGGCCAUUGGUGUAAUUCCUGCACUGGCUGGGGAAACAGUAACAAGGACGAUUAUAGAGGAGGGUCAAGACAAGGCAGUGGGCACCCCAAAAGUUAAUUUAUUGAGAACUUAGCUUGAGUCUGUUCCUAAUUCCAAAAGUAGGCGGAGUAAAGAAUGGGGGUGGAUUUGGGGGGCCUUUAGUGGAAUGCCUCUCUCAGGGUCCCCCACACACCAUUUUCGAGAGCCAAGCCACCAGCCAUUCAUGCCGGUCUCAUCUUAAUGCUUCCUGAAAAGCUGUUUUGAGUGUUUAGAAGAUGAAAAAAACAAUGCAAUUAUGCCAAACAGUAUUGAGCAGAAUAAUUUAUUUCUUUUUUGUUCCUUUUGUUUAAAACAAUAAAUCCCCAGUCCGGAAGAGGGGGGUCCCAGCAUCCAGCCCAGAUCUCCUUUUCUGCAAUAGUUAUUUAAACAAACGUUUUUUAUUUUCUUCCCUUUCUUUCUGAAUUAAAAAGAACAAAAAAAUUAUAUAAUCCUUUGUCUGUUUUGAAAUGUAUCAAUGGGAAGCCGUCAAUAAGCAAUCGCUAAGAAUAUUGGGGAAUGUAUGAAGGGGGGAGGGAAUGACUCCCAGACACCCUCCCCUUAUACAUGAGGCUUCCCUGGACCACCAGCUGUGCCCUCCAGAAGGCUUCACCUCUAUCCUUCAGAACACCCAACUGGAUCAGCGGGGCAGGGACCGUCUACUGCUGCGGCCAGCAUAGCAUGUAGAUCCAGCGGGCACCAGGAUGGGGAUUUUCCCCUUCUAUUUCCAGGUUCUGUGGAACUUAUGAUGCCAUAGGUGUGGGUUGGCAGGAAAUCGACAGCAUGAUAGGAGCAGGUGCAAUGGGUGUCUGAGGCAUGCUGUUUCAUUGGGCCAUCUGGACCCACUUGAGCCUACUUCCAUUAUUCAGUGGAACACCACUGAAUUGAUUUUAGUUCGGCAAUCAGGUAAUACGGAUCUUACAUUGGACCGCUUGGAGUCCAGUCACUCGGUGUCCCAUGAUUCAGUUUCUGCCAAUGCCCAAGAGUUGCUUUUCAAAUGGAGACUACUUUUUGGUGGAGAACAUUGGUCUUUAUCUAAGCCUUAGAACUCUGGGCUGUAAUUCUCCUAAUUUGGAGUUGUCAGAGACUCCGUAUGUCUCUCUCUGCCAGAGACACUCCAAUAGCAUUUGGUUGGCUGAGUCAUAAGCCCCAGUGGCAGGCAAACACAUCCUGGACUGCUGAGAACCAUUUAUUGUUCAGGCCCCCUAUUCAAAGUGGGCUGCCUUACAUGCCAUCAUAAUUGGUUGCGUCAGCAUUCCCAAAUGUACCUGUUGCCCCCAGAAUCAAGAGUUCCACCAAAUAGUGUGUCUUUUUUUCUUUUCCACAUUAGCCAAGGACUGUGUUGCUUUGAUCCAGCAAAGAUGCCACAUCUGGAACCACAGGUUGGCCUUAACACUUGAUCACAUUUGCAAUAAACUGUCAUUCUCCAUGACUCAGAUGGUGAGCAAAUGGGAUGAGAAAGAAACCACCCAUCUUGCACAACUCAAGUU